AUGAGCACGGAUUGCCCGAGUGAAAACGUUAUUUGCGACUUGCUUAAAAAAGAUUACCAUCUUCAGGGUCCUGAGACUUUUUCUCGUCUGGAGGAUGGGUCCCAAGGGUCCCUUGACUUCACUAAAUUGGGCGAUAAUUAUGGUGAAGCGGGCCAAAAGGCUGCAAAAUCUGGUGGAGUAUUCGAUAGCUCUCACAUGGGACAAGCCUAUUUUCCUGCACUUGGCGAAUGGAGUAUGGAAAAUGUGUCAUCGGUAACACCUCCCUUGUCACACUCCCCAGAGGAAUCAAACGAAAGCAAUUCCAGCAAGGGUCUUAGCAAUUCAAACACACAGCAACACGACGGAUCGGAUCAUGGGUACGUUCCGGAAGAAGCUCUUUCAGAACAGGAGAUUUUGGCCCGCAAAAAGGCUCAGAAUAGAGCAGCGCAGAAGGCAUUCAGAGAACGCAAAGAAGCAAAAUUGAAAGAGCUGGAAGCUAAACUACUUUCAAGUGAGCGUGACAAAAAAGUACUUCUCCAAGAGCUUGAGGAUUUGAAGAAGUUGAACUUGGAGAUCGCCACCGAGAAUCGUCUUUUGAGCAAAACCGAACAACGCCCUUCUUCAGAUGUGCGUACAGAAGCGGUCAAAUACCACUUCCCUACUCGCAAACAGUUCUUCGACGCUGCAAAUGGUGAUCAUAUGGCAGCCCUCAAGGCUCCCAUGUCGCUUUCUUCCUACGUGCGUGAUGGACAAAAAUUACUGACUUUGCCAGCUACAUGGGAAUAUCUCCAUGAGCUUUCAAAGAGUGAGGAUUUCGACAUAUAUUUUGUCAUGGAGACACUCAGAGGCAACGAGGUUUGUCACGGUUACGGCCCGGCUUACCCACAGAAUGUUAUCGACGACAUAGUCCGGAAUUGUCCAUAG